AGAGUGAAAACAAGAGGAGCGGCGGAGCGUCUGGAUGUCGGUGUUUCGGAGUGAGUCGGACUGAAACAGAUACAGUGCAGGAGGGUCCAACCAUUCACUAAGGACAAUGGCAGGGUAUACGGCAACACUGACAGAUGUGGAAAGUGGUCACAGGGACAGUAUGCAGCUGAUGGGGACGCAAGGCAAGCCAUCGGGCAGCUGGGCAUGGAAGGUGUGCGGGAUGCUGAUGCUUGUGGCUCUGUGUGGGGCCGCUGCCCUGUUCUUCGUCUGGCACGUUCAGACACAAGAUAAGUCACAAACUAAUGUGAUAGAACCACAACCCCAUACAAAAGGGUCACAUGAUCCACAUCAUGCAGUGCAGAAAAUAGCUGGGAAUGCAAGGGCUGCUAUCCAUCUGGAGGGUGAAUUCGACCCCGAGGUCAAUAAGACAUCGGUACUGUGGAGGGAUGAGGAUGGCCAGUCUUUCUAUAAAGGGGGGCUGGUGUUGAAAGACAACGAGAUCAUCAUUCCACAAAGUGGCCUGUACUUCGUUUACAGCCAGGCUUCAUUCAGAGUUCGGUGCAGUCCCGGGGAUGACCGCUCUGACCAGCACUUCCCUCUGACUCACACGGUAAUGCGCUGGUCAGAUUCCUUCAAUGACCAGAAGCCCCUGCUCACCGCAGUGCGAUCGGCCUGCAGGAGGGAGGCCCAGGGCUCUGAUAGCACUGAGCGCUGGUACAACGCUGUCUACCUGGGGGCGGUCUUUAGCUUGGAGGACGGAGACAGACUGUGGACACAGACCAACAGACUGUCAGAUGUGGAAGGGGAAGAUGGAAAGACAUUCUUUGGUUUGUUUGCACUGUAAGAAGGGGUAUGAAAGAAAGACAAAAGGGAAAGUAAAGA